CAUAUUAAAUCCUCACAACAACCCUGGGAGGGCGGGGCUAUCAUCCCUGAUUUACAGAUUAAGACAAAAGGGAAGUGACUUGCCCAGUGUCACACAGCUAAUAAGUGCCUGAGGGCACAUCUGAACUUGGGUUUUCCUGAUUCAGCCUAGGGCUCUAUCUCUUGUACCACCUAGUACUGGAGUGUUUGCUGAGCCCUGAACUUGGCCUCAUCCUGAGACCUGAAUGUAUUUGACCUUAGACCUAGACUUGGUUCUUCACUCAGAUUGACCUGGUAGCAGAUAAUCCUCUAACCCUAAUUGCCAGCCAAGCCUAGUCCCAGAAUGAGGCCUCACCCAGACCCCAACUAAAACCCGAAGCCUAAGGAAGGCCUGAAUAUGGUCUUAGGCUGAACCCCAGCCACAGGAAAAGACCUGAGGCCACAAUGAUAGCAGAUCCUGACCCCAGCCUCAGAGUAGGCUCCUCUCCCUACCACCACCACACAAAGUCCUGGUCUUAAAUGGAGCCCUACUGCACACCCUAGACAGUGCUCUAACCCAGUACUGGGCACUAACCAUCACCCUGCUUCUAGCCCUUAUCUGCCUCACAAGGCCAUCUAAUUAAGGUCUCACAUUAAGCUCUGAUCUAAUCCCCUCAACUCAGAUCCCUGGCUGAGCCCUGACACCCCGAGUUCAAAGCAUUUAGUCCAACGUCCCUGCUUGAAGACUGCGAGUGGUUACCAUGGCCUUCAGCCCCAUCUGCCCACGGCUCCCCAAGCUGCUGCUGCUCCUCAUCAUCAUCAUCAUGGUCCUCUCACCCCACAGGGCAGGCGGGGAGUCUGUGCGUUGCUUCUCCAACUUUGAGGAGGCUUCCAGCCAAUGCCAAGGGCUCCUGGGUGAGGGCGUCAGCAAGGAUGCCUGCUGCCUCAAUGCUGCCCACGGCUUCCAGAUCCCAGGGAGCCAAACCUGCCAGGCCUGCGGGGCCCCUCGAUGGUCACCAUGGUCUGCCUGGUCCCCGUGUUCUGUGUCCUGCACAGAGGGCUCCCAGCUGCGUCAUCAACGCUGCCUGGGCCAGGGAAGCCUGUGCCUUGGGGAGGGGCAGCCUGGGAGCCUUCGAUGGGAGCUACGGGCAUGUCAGGACCAGGACUGUUGCCCAGAGGCUGGUGGUUGGUCUGACUGGGGGUCAUGGACUGCAUGCUCCGUAACUUGUGCCCAGGGUUUGCGGAGCCGCCGAAGAGCCUGUGACCAACCAGCCCCAAAGUGUGGGGGCAGCUGCUCUGGUGGGGAAACUGAGACUGAGCCAUGUGAUACAGAGGCCCUCUGUCCCACACAUGGGGCCUGGGCAGCCUGGGGUCCUUGGGGACCCUGCUCAGCUUCCUGUCACGGGGGACCCCAGGGCCCUACCCAACGCAGAACCAGAACGUGCUCUUCUCCAGCCCCCUCAGUCCAGCCCCCAGGGAACCCCUGUUCUGGCCAGGCCUACGAGCAGCAGGGCUGUAAAGGCCUCCUACAUUGCCCUGUGGAGGGGGGCUGGGGCCCCUGGGGGCCUACUAGCCCCUGCUCAGUGACCUGUGGCCUGGGUCGGACCCGGGAACAGCGUCUCUGCAACCACCCCCCACCUCAGCAUGGUGGUGCGCCCUGUGCUGGAGAUGCAACCCGGGAUGGCCUGUGUAACACGGGCCAGCCUUGCCCAGUUGAUGGUCACUGGGGUCCCUGGGGGGCCUGGGAGACUUGUACCCGGCUCCCCAUCUCCAACAUCGCGUGUCAGGAUAAGCCAGGCCAGCAGCAGCGCUCUCGAGUCUGUGAGGGCCGGCUCCACAAUGGCCGGCGUUGCACAGGCCGCUUCCAGGAGACCCGCCAUUGUUACAACAUCCACCUGUGCCCCUUGGAUGGCUACUGGACAGCCUGGGGACCCUGGGGUCUCUGCACACCCCCUUGUGGGCCCUUUCCCACCCGCUCUCGACAGCGUCACUGCAUGGCUAAGUUGCCUGCUUACCCGCCCACGAUGACCAUGGUGGAAGGCCAAGGGGAGAAGAAUGUGACAUUCUGGGGAAGCCCCAGGCCCCGCUGCUCUGAGCUUCAGGGGCAAAGGGGGAAGGUGGAGGAGAAGAAGCCUUGUCUGCACCCCCCGCCCUGCACGGACCCCCUGGCAGAGGGAGCCUGACUCAGCAUCCUGUGUGCCUCGCUCAGACAGGAAGAGGCCCCAUAGAACUGAGGCUUGCUAAGCCCCACCCCCAAUAAACCAAGGUCUCCCAGCUGAAAA